AUGCAUCGGGCCUCCUCGGAGCGGGCUCCUGCUUCUUGCGGCUCCCUCCUGCUUGGCUGCCCGUUGAGGGAGGUUGCAGCCUUUUUCUUUUUCUUUUUCUUUUUCUUUUUCUUUUUCUUUUUCUUUUUCUUUUUCUUUUUCUUUUUUUUUCCGGGUGUAUGUAUUCUGUAA